AUGACUUCUACUAAAGAAGGAGGUGAUUCAGCUGACAAUGUUCUCAAAAAUUCAAAUGAGGCUCCAAAUGACUGUAGUGCAGACAUAGAGCCUCCAUUUGCUGGUCCCAUUAUGAUUUCUCAGGUGGAAACCAACCCAAUACACAGGGAGCCAGGCACACAAAAUGUUCAGGAGAAUGCUGUUCCUCAAGCCACGGAAAAAUGUGAGCUUGAAGAAGAGGACCCCAGAAAAAAUCAACAGAGAGAAGAUUUAAAAGAAAAAGAGUCUUUUUAAAUUCAGAUUCCCAUUCCUAAAAAAUGGAUCUUUCACAAUCCCUCAAUUGAUAGAUCAAAGCUCUACUCAGGGAAAAGGGAGACGAAAACAAGUGAUUUCUCACGUACCUUAAAUCACAAAAUUCCUCUCCAACUUUCAAAUUUACAGAGAAUCCCAUGUAUUAGCAAUCAUGAGAUAAGAAGAAUGAUUCUCCGUCUGCUGUGUAGGAGACAUUUCUUUCAGGGUGCAAGUCGUCAAAAUACCUUGUGCGUAAAGCAAAAAUAUAUAGCAUUUCUACUUCGCUCAAAUGUCCUCAACCAUGGUGAGAGAGCCAUAAUAUCCAGCAGGCCUUUGAGGCUGCAGUACUACUGUCCCCUCACUGAGAGAAUGACAUCAGGAAAUUUUUACAGAUCAACUGAAACUAAAGGGAGGAAUGGGUUCCACAUUUUUGCAAGGCCCAUGUUCUAUGUCCCUGAAACCUAAAUUCAAAACACAUUUAAUAGAAAAGCUUUUGAGGAUCAUUUAAGAUGUUACCAUAACAUGAGAGUUGUAAUCAUGAGCACCAAUAACAGUUGGAAAUACCUGUGUCCCAUCUGUGGAGACAGUUUCAACAAUUUGGUUGAAUUUAGAGAGCAUUCAUGCAGCUUUUCUGUGAAGUAA